AUGACUUCAAUUUUCGGGCCCGCACUCUCUGCUCUCCCUGAUGGGAACCAGCACAUCACGAGCUCCGCCCACUGGGAGGACCAAUUUGAUGAUUGGGCACCUUUUCCUUCGGUUUCAAACCUGUGCUCCUCCUUCUCUAACCAGUGUUCCAUCUCCCCACAGCCAAAUGCUAUCGCCCUGUCUUCAAAAUCAAACGCCAGGGCCCCGUGUGCACGAUCAGAUGCCAGGGCCGUGAAGGAUCCAUUCGGACGUCUUCCGUGGUUCGUUCUCGAAGAGGUUGUCGUCAACAUACCAGACCUUCCUACUUUGCAUCAAUUGUUCCAAUCUUCGCCAGCCGUCGUAGACUAUCUCAACCAUACGACCGGAUUCUUCCCGAAGGCCGUUGAGAGCAUCAUCAAGCACAAGUACCGUGACAGUGGUCUCGACGAAGACACCCGUAUUUUCCUUCGAACUCUGGUCUAUCUUUGGUGGAAAGAAGAGUCUGAGGAGACAGGGAUUCCUUCGGGUGAUAAUCCAUUGCCCGACUGUUUUCAUCAUGAAUUGGUCUACAGCGUGAACGUCUCAACAGAGGGAUUCUAUGAGCCAAACAAGGUGGGAUGGAUUCGUCUCCCGCCGUCAACUCCCCCAAAGAUUCUCCGUCAUCUCCUGAGCCUGGCAAGUCGCAUCCGCCGGGAUGCACACGCCUUCUUCCACGGGGCUAUGAAACUGUGCUUGUCGACCAAAAUCGAGGAGCUGAAGAAUCCAAAGGCGCCGUGGACGCAAAACGGGCCUAGGCCUCGCGGGAAACCGGUUGACGUCGAGGGGGUAGAUUAUCCGAUGACUUGGCUGGAAGAGCAACGAAUCAUGCAAGCCUUUUUGAAGCCGUACAUUUUCUCAGUACUGCGACGGAUCAUCUGUGAGAAAAAGCUGCUGAAGAUUGGUUCUCCUUCCAAUGUUUCUCCUCUCGCUGAUGGCCGAUACCCGGACACGUUCGAGCAUUUGGAUCAGGAUUUGAUGAUGGAUUUCUGGAGACCUUUUGCGAACUAUGGCCCCCUGAGAACAGAGACGAUGGAACAGCUGGAAACCGGAGAGGCACACUUCACAACAUGUUGCCCAGAACAUACCCCGUUGAGCACCUGGCAGCUCGAAUCCGGCGGAGAUAGUCUCCAGCAUAUCUCGCUCCCCGGCUGUUUCUGGCCUCAGAGCUGCGAAGAUAUGCCUCAAUCUGGUGUGAGAAGCGCCGGCUUCCGCGGCGAAUUCCAGAAGUUUGGCGUGAGCUUCUGGGACGAAAAACGAAUGCUUUACUUGGGCCUCGCCACCAACAGGAUGGACAGAUACUCCGACCGGAAGGAGCUUGCGUUCCGGUGGUCUUCCCUGCUGCUGUCGCACAAGAAGAAUAGCCCCAAAAGGAGUGUAAAGCAGAAGGGGAUGCGGUUCCGGAGCCGAACAAAGGCUCUUUUGCCAGGCAAUUAG